GUGAAUGUAAGCAAAGUAGGUAAUUCCUCGACGCCGACCCCUCCUCCACCGCGCAUAUGAAAAGCCCAAGCCCCGCCCCGCAAAGCUACUAAAUUCCUCUCGACUCUCGCACAAUCGCACAAUGUCUACUCCAGGACUUAGGUUGAGCUUACAAGACCAAAGUCUCCCCGAAGACGGACGGGCCUUCGUGCGCGCUGUGGUAAAGCUUCUGGCCGACACCCGUGGGAUUCAACUGGAGGAAUGCAGCAUUCAAGAACGACAGCCCAGCUCGACCCUCUGGUACCUGACUUGCCAACCACCGACCAUCCCUCUUGACUCCGAUACUUUGAUUAUCUCCACUCCUGAUGACUUUCUCACCCAUCUCGCCGUCGAGCUCGACGCCCGCGGCCGUUCUGCAGACGCAUCGACCCUACGAUAUGUCCUCGACCUGUGCCACACCGAGACCGAGCGCGGGGGGUUGGGAUUCCCCGAUUCCCCAGUUGUCGACUGGGCCCGAGAUCUGCCCUCUCCCCUGUCCGUCAAAGCCUCGUCCACGCGACCCAUGACGCUGGCGGAAAAGAUCCUGGCGCACCACGCCUUCUCGCUGCCGUCAGCCGAAGGCUUGAAAGGGGGUGACUUUAUCCGUGUCACGGUCGACUGGAUCAUUGCCAGUGAGCUAUCAUGGGUGGGCAUGAAACACAGUAUGACCAGCAUCGGGGAAGAGCCGACGGUUUGGCGAAAUGACCGGUUCUGGCUGGCGGGCGAUCACACGGUGGAUCCCCGGACGUACCACCAACCGCGGGUCCGGGAGUUGAUUGAUGGCAUGCACGAUGCGAAGACGAGGUUCAAGAUGACGGAGAACCAAGGCUCAAAUUUUACGAUCCUGCAUACGGAGUUUGUGCGCGAGCGAGCCGAGCCGGGAAUGCUCGUCCUGGGCUCAGACUCACACACCUGUUCUGCAGGCGCCGUCAGUUCCCUCGCUAUCGGACUCGGCGCGGCGGAUGUGAUGGCGGCGCUGGCCACCGGGGAGACCUGGAUCAAGACCCCGGAGUCGAUCCGCGUGGAGUUCGUGGGCGCACCGGCGUGGUAUAUUCGGGGCAAGGACGUGAUCCUCUACAUUUUGAAAACCCUCAAGCGCAACACCCAUGCCGCGGAUCGGAUUGUGGAGUUCGGGGGGCCGGGGGCGCGCUAUCUGUCCUGCGACGCUCGGUUCGCCAUCUGUAACAUGUGCACCGAACUCGGUGCCAUUACGGGCCUCUUCGUCCCGGACGAGGUCACCAGCCAAUUCAUCUCGGAUCGGCCCCAGGCCCGCUACAGAACACAGUCGCUGUACUUUCAACCGGACGCUGAUGCUUCUUAUGCUGCAACCUUCCGAAUCAAUCUGGAGGAGGUCGAAUCCUUCAUUGCCCUCUACCCGUCCCCGGACAACGUCGUGCCCGUGACGGAGAAGCUUGACAUGCGCUUCGAGGGCUGCUUCAUCGGCGCGUGCACUACCACCGAGGAAGAUCUAAUUCUGGGCGCCUUGGUCCUGGAAGCAGGCCUGCAGAAGGGGCUGCCGCUAGCCCGCGGGAAACGGAUGGUGGUCCCCGGCAGUCUACCGAUCGUGAGCAACCUGCGCGCUUUGGGGCUGUUGGAUAUCUAUGCCCAGGCUGGGUUUACACUGCCCGCCGUGAGCUGCAGUCUGUGCCUGGGGAUGGGGGCUGACCGCGCGGGGUCGGGCGAAAAUUGGCUGUCGUCGCAGAACCGUAAUUUCAAGAACCGAAUGGGUCCAGGUUCUACCGGCCAUAUUUGCUCCGCUGCCGUCGUCGCUGCCUCGUCUUUCGGCAUGCAGUUGACCGACCCUCGUCCUCUCCUUCGUCAGGUGUCGGUCGAGAGGUAUCAGACCUUACUCGCCAGCUGUCGACGCAUGAAGGCCGAGCCGCGGGGGAAAUUGCGCGAGCGUCUCAAGGCUAGCACAAACCCAGUCGUCUCACCCCCGAUGCCCCCCGUGGUCGAGCCCUACUUGUCCGUUCGCAAGACUACUACUCCGUCGACAACGACGUCCAUCCCAGGGCUGGAACAAGAGAAGCCGCACAGCGCACCAGCGCAAGUCAUACGCAGCGGGGUCUCGAGGUUGGGGGAUUUCGUAGAUACUGACGCGAUCAUCCCUGCAGCAUUCAUUCUGGAGAGUCCGACCGACGUCCUGCUCGGGAGUCAUUGCUUGGAGCUGACUCACCCCGAGUUUCGCGACCAGGUUCGCGCUGGUCUGGAUGUCGUCGUCGCCGGGAAAGCGUUUGGCUGUGGUUCGUCGCGAGAAGAGGCGCCACGAGCGUUGAAAGGUCUCGGGGUGAAAUGUGUGAUUGCACGAUCGUUCUCCUUCAUCUAUGGACGCAACCAGCCCACCAUCGGCCUCCUCGGCCUCACCAUCACCGACGACGACUUCUACGCGGCGGCUCAGACCGGGGUGGCGAUUGAGAUUGACCUGCCCCGUCGACAGGUCACCGUGAGUGACCGAUCGUACCCGUUUGUGUUGGACGAGAUGGAGCUGGCCUUGAUCCAGCGACAAGGGCUGGCGGCGGCGUACAAGAUUUUUGGCAAGACUGUUUUCCAGUCUCUCUGUAACGACCCUGGGUCGGGGACAGUGCCAGCCUCUGCACUGGCCGAGAUGCAUCUUGGACGCCGUCAGGCUGAAAACAGAGUCAAUCAGGAGGUGCUGGCAUGGUGA